CAGCAGUUUGAAUUUGAAACUUUUACAAAAAAGAAUUAUUUUGUUGGUUAGAAUCUUCGACCAUUAAUAGAUGGUAUAUAUUAAUAGUUAGAAUAAUUAGAACAUAUAUUUCUUUAAAACUUUGAAAGUCAAGUUUGCGUAUUAGCGUAGAAGAAAGAAAUAUAAUUAAUAAGAGGGACUUGUGUUUUUGAAGUACGGUAGUGGAGUUCUAUCUUUUAGUCCAAACUAACUUUUGAUUGCUUACUACACUAAGCUAUAGCCUAAUGGAUAUUAUAAUUCACGUUGAUAUUUUAAGAAAGAAGCCGUUACAGAAAUGUAAGAUAAUGGCAAAGGAUCUCAUUGAUAUAGUUAAAGUAGAGCUAAUACAAUUGAAAAAGGUUGUACCCGGCUCGAAAAUAACUGAAUUCACAGAUGAACGUCUCAAAGAUCAAGUUCAAAGUAUCUGUCUAUCAGAAGUGGAAUCCUCUAGAGAGAAACUUCUCGAUGCGGAAGCCUCAACACAGGAUACAAAACCUAGCGAACUGUCGACCGACCAAUUGCUAUUCCAAUGCCACGUAUAUGACCUGGACGCGAGUGGCCCAAGCGUGGGCACAAUCACCACUUCGGGCGAGGGAGGUUCCAGCGAAGAGCGACCCGCCUUCAAUCACUGGAUUCUGCCGUCAGCUGAUUUCGAUAGUCUCUGGGACAACCUUAUCUACGACUGCAAUAUUAAAGAGAAGCUGCUGAACUACGCCGAAACAACUAUGUUCUUCUCGGAGCACAAGCUGGACCCGAACAUCAUCACAUGGAACCGGCUGGUGCUGCUGCACGGCCCCCCUGGCACCGGCAAGACCUCCCUCUGCAAGGCCAUUGCGCAAAAACUCACCAUCCGCCUCAACUACAAGUUCCGGCAUGGCGAGCUCAUCGAAAUCAACAGCCAUAGUCUAUUCUCAAAGUUUUUCUCGGAAAGCGGUCAGCUGGUGAUGCACAUGUUCGACAAGAUCAAAGAGCACCUGGAGGACAGCAAAGCACUGAUUUUCGUGCUGAUUGACGAGGUGGAGAGUCUGACCAUGUCGCGGCAGAACGUGUGUGGCAACGAGCCGUCUGACGCCAUCAGAGUCGUCAACGCCAUCCUCACACAGAUCGAUCAGCUCAAAAGGUAUCCAAACGUGUUAUUGCUGACAACGUCAAAUAUUACGGGAGCUAUGGACUGUGCCUUCAUGGAUAGAGCUGAUAUCAAACAGUAUAUUGGACCGCCCUCCAAGUAUGGCAUCUACUCUAUUUACAAAACUUGCAUUGAUGAACUAUUUCGGGCUGGGAUGAUUUUAAGCUCAGAUAUGCACAAAUUAUUGCCUAUAUCUGUGAUAAGAUCGCAUGUGUUCAAUGGAGAAGGAGAUGAUUGUACAAAAAGACUGCUUGAAAUAUCUCAAGAUAGUGUUGGAUUGAGCGGUCGAGCCUUAAGGAAAAUACCUUUUCUGGCCUAUGCGCACUACAUUCGAUCAAGAGUGGUUGAACUCAAAGACUUCUUGGACGGCUUGGAAAUCGCUGUUGAACUGUACAGAAAAGAAGACAGCCAUCAAACCAAUUCUUAACUCAUGCAAUUUGGUAAAUUGAUCGAUCAAGAAUAAUAUUUUAAUAAGAUGAAAUUUAUCAUACUGUAAUUUACAAAUAGAACCGUGUUCAUUCAAGGAUUGAUAUAGAUUAUAGAUGUAACUCAAUAAUGAAUAAUUAUUAUUAAUAGACAGGACAUAGUGAAUAUACCAACCAAAAAUAAUUUUUCUACAAAUGAGAUUCAAGUAAUUGUAUUAUAAUUUAGAUAAAGUGCAGUAUUCAUUUAAGGAAUAUUAUAUAAUACGUAUUUCAUUAGUAUAUUAUUGUGAUUUAGUGACAUCAUUUAAAAUACUCGUGUUGAAUCUAGAUACCCAAUAAAUCCAUUUUUGUAACUAAUUGAUUUUAUUUCUGAUCCAGUCUGUUUUAUUAAGUUUGGAUCCAUACUAUUAACUUCCAAAUGUACUUUCAAAUUGGUAUGGUAUCAAGGAAUUAUAGUAAGAUUCACUUUAAACUCUCAGAAUUGGGUGAGUUGGAAGCAUAAAUGUUUUUGUAAAAAACGCUUACAUAUCGUAGUAUCACUAUACAUAAGACUAUCCUCCUCAAGCAGAUACAAACCCUUUUUUAUUGGUGCGGCUAGAUGCCUCAGUUAUAAAAAAAUGUUUUCUUCUCAGGCCAGACCAAUAGAAAAAACAUACCUAUUAACUCUUAUGUUUUAUUUUGCUCUAUAUAACUGUAUUUAUCCAAUUUGUUCAGGGAUCCUAGGAUAUUAAAGUAACCUAAAAACAAAUUACCAACUUGGAAACUAAUGAUUAGGCACACUUUCAUGAGUAAAGAAAGGUAAUAAUAUUAUAAAUAUGAGGCAUGAAUCAUUGUUUUCGUUCACAACCCAUUGAUCCUUGUUAACAUUGGAUUGAAAAUUUAUUUUAGGUUUAGGGUUUGAAGAAUUUCUACUAUGACUUAUACAUAAUUGUGUUCAAACCAUAAUAUGAAACGCCUUUUAUUUUCAUUCCUUUACUCAGCUAUGUUUAUCAAGGCUUUCCUAUUUAUAAUAGAGCUACAUAUUGAUUUCGAAGGCCAUUAGGGGAAUGAAGAUGAUAAUCCACACAUGUGUAGGACACUACAGUGUUAUUCACUUCAAACUGUCAGCAUUCCUUGUAUAUAACCUCAGUGCUUCCCAUUCAAACAUUAUGCUUACAGUUUGAAGUGAACCUCAUUAUAUAAAAAUGUUUUGUAAUAAGAGCAAUGAUUUGAGCAUCAAUAAUAACUGCUGUCAAGUUAACGUUAUGAACAAAGGUAACUGAGAUUCGAUUCAUUCGUGUUGGAAGUUAUUAUCACAUAUACAUUACUCACAUCACAUCCCAUUACGUUGUGUGUCUUUCUCACAAUAGAAUUAGGUCAAGUCCACUAGUAUAUUGUUCAAGUUCAAUUUGUUAAAAUUGUAUGAGCAUAGUUCACAUUUCAUGAUAUGAUUAAUGGACCUGCUUUGGAUUCAGGACCUUCUCUCAUAUUCAUCUCAAAUAUCUAUUGCUUGAUCUCUGUAGUAAUCAUCAUUCCAAAUUAUCUAGUUGCAGAGCAAAAGAAAGGGUAUAUAUUUUUGAAGUUGAAGAUAACUUAUUACACUCGAAUUUAGUUUGAAAUUUGAAUAGUAGAGCUGAAUAAAGGUUGGUUGUAAUUAAUUUG